UACCACGUUAGUACAGAACGGAAGGUGAAAUUCUACAUUACUGAAAGGGAGUUAACUGAUUGAAAAAACUAUAUAAAGGGAGGUGACCAGGUGACCUGACUAUUUCAACAGAAAAUACAUGAGUAACUAAAUAUGUCAAAGGAAAUAGGUACAGCUGUUGGUAUUGGAGUUCUGGGACUUGGUCUGGGAUAUAUUAGCUAUAGAUUAUUGACCAAUGGUGUAUCUAUUACAAAAGAAAAUUUUUUUGAUCGAAAACAGAAAAUAAAACCUACUGUCUUACCAAGGAAAGACAGACGUGUUGACAAGGUUUGUAAAACCACAUAUGAAAAAAUUACACAAGUUGAAACUCAGUGUUUCAAAGGAAUAAACACUGCCUUACGUCUGGGUGGUAGAGAUGUAAAGAAACUUACAGCUUCACUUGUAGCUAAAUGGAUGAUCAGCGAAGAAGAGAUGACGGACCUCGUAACGUUGUCUGAUGUUCUGUUGAAGAUGAGGUCCCAUGGUAUUUUGGGUCCAGUGAACUACCAAGAAGUGGUGACGUCUAUACUUCAGGAUGCAGAUUUAGAACUUAAUAAAAAGGCAGAAGAACUGCUUAUCCUUCUCAAGGAUACUGUGAUGGACCACAUUGAGGAAGAUAUCCGACAACAACGCACAGUUGCACAGAAUUCAGAAAGCCGAAAGAUAGAUAUAUAUGUUUUAUACUCUGAGAGUGAUUUUGAAAAGGCUAAAUUAUGUCAAGAAAAUAUUUGCAGAUAUGCGAGUACCAGUGAUAUAAAAGUUGUCUUGAUGGAUGAUAUGGGACAUGGGCAGACAAUCUUCGAAGCAUUUGAGCAGGGAAUGGAGUCCUCAAUAUACGUAUUUGUUUUAGUAACAGAAUCCUUUGCAGCAGAUGGACUGAAGAGGUUUCUGGCAGGAAUUGGUUUGUCUGCCAAUCUGCAAAGAUCAAAUAAACUUUGGAGACUUGUACCAGUGUGGGUGGAUCCUGGCAUAAAUGAGCGUGGGAAAUGUCCAUUAGAGUUUAGUGUGCUUCAAGGUUUGCACUAUAAUAGGUUUUUAGAGGAUGAAUUAGACACAAACUGUUUCAAAAACAUUGACAGAUUAAUUAAAAAGGGUCGGAAAAAAAUAAUGGAGGAGAGCCUUGCCAGAGCCACAAAGGAGCAUGAAUGA